AUGUCGUCCGAGGGCGCGAUCCACGGCCACGGCUCCAAGCCCGAGGACUGGUACCUGCCCAACAACAACCACAACAACCCCGGCUCAAAGUCAAAGGGUUAUUCCAAUAACAACAACAACAACAACAAUUCGCGCUCUUCCCCGGCAAGCUCAACAACGGGGCACUUCCAAGGAUAUCACCGCAACAGAGCAUCGUCCUUGACCAACAACAGGAACGUCUCCACCACUUCCUUCGCCAGCAGUGCUCCCAACCAACACCAGCAACGCGGAGCCGCAUACCUCCACGCCAACCAGUCUUCCUCCAGCCUCGCCCAGUGGUCCCCUGGACGCAGCAAGAACACCCACUCCCACGCCAAAAAGAUUGUCAACAUCGGCGAGCCCACCGAUAUCGAGCAUGGCAUCCACGUCGAAUACAACCACGAACGCCGCAAGUUUAUGGGUAUCCCCGACGUCUGGCAGAACGAGGUCCCCACCGACGAUCCCCUCGACACCACCUGCAUCAGCCCCCAUCUCGUCCCCACCACACGACACCAGCCCAUGCUGAACCCCAACCUCCCUUCCGAAGAGCACAAGAUCGGAUGGCCGUACAACGUUCAACACAAGGCUCACGUCGACGUCGAUAUAUCACAGAAUGGCAAGGUUGGACUCAAGGAGCAAGGGAUCACUGAACAGGAGGUCAAGCAACACCCCCAGGCACUCAGGAAAUUGAUGCAGCUGCAACUCAACGAUCUAGAGUUGCCCCCACCUUCACGACCACCACCACCUCCACCAAAGCCAAAUAAUACCCCCCUGUCUGCCCUCGCCAGUGCCCCUGGAGUCGUACCCCGAGGUCCGGACACCAGACUAUCACGUCAGGACCAGCCAGGAUAUUCAUUGACGCCCAAAACAGAAUUGACCAUCAAUCCUCGUCGCACCUCCAGUCUCAACCCUGCCGGACGCAACCCACUCGAAUCCCCCCAGGCCAACAAACUCACCUUCCCAACGACCGGUCGACCAUCACCAGCACCACGGACAAAUAGCGACAGUUGGGACGCCAAAACAAUGGUUGGAUCUGUGCCAAAAACGCCCACCAACUUUGGUAUGGGGUCUGUUCGAGAGUCGGACGAGACGCCUCAAGACUAUUCACGAACCCGGAAUCACUCUGCAGGAGCUAUACCAGGCGAGGGACGGGAUGCAUGGAAGCCAAGGGAGAGCGCCGAAUCGCAUGCCUCAUCUAGGACACGGACUACAGAUUCGACUUGCUCUACACCCAAACUCCAACCACGCGCUUCGGAUGCCUCAGAGACAGCGACAGCAGCAACAGCAGCGGCCACAACUCAUCACGAAGAGCGGGGUAGUACAGCAUCAACGCCCAGUCAGCCAUUACCUGUCCAGUCACCCGCAACACCCAGUCAGCCAUUACCUGCCCAGUCAGCCACCUCUGUGUCGGCCCCUUCUACCCCUACAGCAGUCGCUGCAACUCCCUCCACUUCGCCACGCAAGCCAGACUCUCACCCAGGACCCAUGCGUGCGCCCACGGAUUCGAACCCACUGCCUAUUUCGUCUUACUUCAAGGAGCGGUCUCCUACUGUCGUCACCAUCCCUCAGGCAACCAAGAGCACCAUUGGUUCUUCGCCCAUGUCGCCACCCGUCUCUGGCAGUACUUCGGCCUCUCCUAGCAUCAUGACACCUCAUCACCUUCGUCGGAAAUCGGUCAAGAGCAUGUACGUCAACAUUCCGACCCCAGCCCAUGCCGAUGUAACAUUGGAGAAUGGCGACCGUGCGGCUGGUGGAGCCCCUCCAGAUGUGAGCGGUGGAGCGAUCUCUCGCGAGGAGGAAGAGAAGCGCCAAAAACUCAUGCCUACCUUGUCGGAGGAUUUACUGCGAAAGUAUGCUCUGGAACCCGUGGGUUCAUCUCCAUUGGCCAAGGCGCCAGGAGGGGCUGGUACCGUCAAUGGGUCUUCAUCCGCAACAGAGAAGGCACAGGAGACUGAGGAAACGAACGCCGUAGCAGAGUCGAGCCCAGUUCAGGACUGGACUGCAGAGGACAAGGAGGAUAUCUCCUUUAUUGAAGAGUAUGGCCUCCAGUCACUUCUCAGCCGUCCCAGACCCAAGGACCCUUAUCAGUUGUACGGAGAGAUUGUCAAGAUUGCAGAGGGCGAGUCUGGAUUUUUGUUCUCGGCCACAGAGACCUCGUCUGGCCAACUGGUUGCGAUCAAGAUGGUCGCCAAGACGGUGACGGCCAAGAUGAAGACGAUUCGCAACGAGUUGGAGCUGAUGAAGGCAAGUCACCACGACAACAUUGUCGCCUUUGUGGAUUGCCAUCUGUCGUCGACGGAGCUCUGGAUGGUCAUGGAGCGCAUGGAUAUCUCCCUCGCAGAUGUGAUCGCGAUCAACCCUUACAAGGGCCAGCGUCACCCGGAUCAGGGGCUUUUGCAGGAAUGUCAUAUGGCGAGAGUUGCCAAGGACAUCCUCGAGGCCAUAUCUUACCUUCACGAGGAGAACCGGAUCCAUCGUGAUAUUCGCAGUGACAACAUCCUGCUGGAUUCCCAGGGACGAGUCAAGUUGGCGGAUUUCGGACACUCGGUGCAGUUGACCAAGGAGCAGCCCAGGAGGAACUCAGUGGUCGGAACACCUUACUGGAUGGCACCCGAGGUCAUCCAGGGCUGGAAUUAUGGAACUCGUGUCGAUGUCUGGAGUUUGGGUAUCGUCAUGCGCGAGAUGAUCGAGGGCGAGCCACCAUACCUCCACGAGCCCCCACUUCGCGCCAUGUUCUUGAUUGCGAGUGGAGCGUUACCAGCCAUUAAGCAUCAGGGACUGGCAUCCAAGAGAUGCCAAUCGUUCGUGGAAGUGUGUACGUCAGGCGAGGGAGAGGAUAGACCAAGUGCUAGUGAGCUGCUAUCACAUCCAUUUUUGGGUCUUGCUUGCGAUACCCCGAUUAUGGCUCAGUUGCUCACAAGGACAUAUGAGCUGGAGGCUGCUGCUGGCGAUGAAGACGAGGAGGAAGAGGAGUAG